UGUCCCCCCGCACGCCCGCCGCCUAGCUCUCUCUCUUCUGGCGCCUCCACGACCUGGGCUGCCGAUCCCGAUCCCCGAGCUCGAGCUGCCAGUUACCAGUCACCACUCACCACGUUCUGCAGCCGUGCCACCAGCUCGUAGCUCCCGCGGGGUUGCCGAGCGAUGAGCGACGGCGCGCGGAACACGCGCCGGUUCCUCGGCGCGUCCAGCAGCGGCGCCGGCAGCGCGAGCUACCGGGACGGCGGCGCCGGCGGCAUUGCGGCGGCGCGGCGGAGCAGCGACGUCAACGCGGGGAUCCUGGACGAGAAUGUCCUGGCGCUCGUGUUCCGGUCGAUCAACUUCGACCCCAAGGCGCUCUGCACCGUGGCCCGCGUCAGCCGCCGGCUGCGCGCCGUCGCGGAGCGCGUGCUGUGGCGGGAGCUCUGCAUCUCCCGGGCGCCGCGGAUGGUGGCCACGCUGACGGGGGUCGCGGUGGGCGGGGCGGCGCCCCCCGGGCGCAUUGUGGGCGGGUGGCCGGCGCUGGCGAAGCUGCUCCUCUUCUGCUGCGGCGCGGCGUCGGCGGCCGUGCCGGGCCACUUCACGGGGGUGUCCCGGUUCUCCAAGACCUCCGGGCGGAGCUUCCUGUCGCGGCGGUGCCGGGGCGACCUGCUGUACGUGUCGGACCCCUGCGAGCACGCCGCGCCGGGCGCCGCCGACGACGUGGGCGCCUACCGCGGCGUGUUCCGCGGGUUCAUGCGCUCCCGGACGCGGGCGUGCCUGGUGGGGCGGCGGGCCGCGCUGGAGACGCGCGUGCGCUGCCCCUACUGCGGCGCGCGCGUCUGGAGCAUGGUGGCCGCCGGGCUGGUGCCCCGCAGCGCGUGGCGCCGGCUGGGCGCCUACGAGGGCCGCCUCGAGUACUACGUCUGCGUCAGCGGCCACCUCCAUGGCAACUGCUGGCUCGCGCGCCUCACCUCCAGCGACGGCGACCACGACGGGGACUCGGAGGACGACGACGACGACGACGCGUCCACGGAAGGCCACAGCGACGACGGCCAUGCCGCGUCCUAGCUGCCGGCAUUCCAGGUCCACCACCACGUGUUCGACUGAUCGGUUGCAGCAGAGGCUAUUCGGUAGCAGGGAGUGUGGAGCACAGAUACUGUAGCAGAGGUCGGUGUCUAGCAGAGGUCGGUGUUGAUCCCGAUCCCAGGCUUGUGCCGGUGUGCGUGCGUCUUUGCGUUGGGGUUGCCAGCAACAGCCGGAUGCGUGCUCUGCUUUGUCUGGCGGCGGCUGGAAAUGGCACGAUGUCUACUGUUCCGGCGAGCAGUGCGCGCAGCUGGAUGGAGCCUUUUUUCGAUGUGAUGUGCAUCAUGUGCUGACCUCUGCUUUACUCGGUUGCUGGCCCCUGUUCUACCCUGCUCUGUUUUUCGCUUUCAAGCUGUCGUCGAGUGCUGACUCAAACGGGCGCUCGGGUCUCGUGGCCCUGGGCCCCGGCUGGCGAGGCAACA